AGAGCGGUUUGGUCGUUCGUUGGAGGAGUGACUUUUCUUUGCUCGGCGACUGCGGCUCUUCAUUGGCAGCAGAGUCGGCACGGCGUUCGGAGUGGUGGCCUAAGACUUCGGCGUGAGGUAGGAGAAGAUGGCCCGAACCAAGCAAACUGCGCGUAAAUCCACGGGUGGGAAAGCCCCGCGCAAACAGCUGGCCACCAAAGCUGCCAGGAAAAGCGCCCCCUCUACCGGCGGGGUGAAGAAGCCUCAUCGCUACAGGCCCGGGACCGUGGCGCUCCGAGAGAUUCGUCGCUACCAGAAGUCGACCGAGCUUCUCAUCCGGAAGCUGCCUUUCCAGAGGUUGGUGAGGGAGAUUGCCCAGGAUUUCAAGACCGACUUGAGGUUUCAGAGUGCGGCCAUCGGUGCGCUUCAGGAGGCUAGUGAAGCGUACCUGGUGGGUUUGUUUGAAGAUACUAAUCUGUGUGCCAUCCACGCUAAGAGAGUCACCAUCAUGCCCAAAGACAUCCAGUUGGCUCGCCGGAUACGGGGAGAGAGAGCUUAAGCAAAGGCAGUUUUUAUGGCGUUUUGUAGUAAAUUCUGUAAAAUACUUUGGUUUAAUUUGUGACUUUUUUUGUAAGAAAUUGUUUAUAAUAUGUUGCAUUUGUACUUAAGUCAUUCCAUCUUUCACUCAGGAUGAAUGCGAAAAGUGACUGUUCACAGACCUCAGUGAUGUGAGCACUGUUGCUCAGGAGUGACAAGUUGCUAAUAUGCAGAAGGGAUGGGUGAUAUUUCUUGCUUCUCAUGAUGCAUGUUUCUGUAUGUUAAUGACUUGUUGGGUAGCUAUUAAGGUACUAGAAUUGAUAAAUAAAUGUGUACAGGGUCCUUUUGCAAUAAAACUGGUUAUGACUUGAUCCAAGUGUUUAACAAUUGGGGCUGUUAAGUCUGACCAUACAUCACUGUGAUAGAAUGUGGGCUUUUUCAAGGGUGAAGAUACAAGUCUUAACCACAGUGUAACUUACAGUUUCCUUAAAAAAAAAAAAAAAAAAAAAAAAAAGUAAACCUGGCAGCUAUAGAAUACACUAUGUGCAUUUAUAAUAGCUAUUUUAUAUAUUGUAGUGUCAACAUUUUUAAAUUAAAUGUUUUACAUUCACAAGUGGUGGGGAGUCUUGUCAUUAAGGUGUGUGUAAUUUAGAGUCCAGUUGGUUUUCUCCUAACUAGACUGCACUUAUUUUCAUAGUAGUAAAAUGCUAUGUGCAUUAUACCUUGCAUAAGUCCUCAUUCUACCACAUGUUAACCCUCUAGCUGAUAAUGCAAACACUAACUGGGGGAUUUUAUUUAUAAGGGCUCUAGAAUAAAAAUACAAGUUAUUCACACCAGCAUCAUCUGUUACUAAUAUUCUGAACUAGUUAGUGCAGCUUUCAUUGUGUUGUGGUUGGUCUCAUAACUAGGUUGAGUUUUUCUUCUAAGAGGAAACAAUAACGAAGUUCUUUUCCUUGUGGAGUUUGUAUUAUAAUAACCCUAGCAUAAAGUUGCUGUGGGGGAGGAGCACAAAGUUCCAGCUCAUUGAACUUCUGCCAGUUAAAGUGGUGUCUGGUUAGGUUACAUCUGGUUACUGUCUUGGGAAAUUCACUUUUAUAGAGAUGGCCUUCCAAGUGGUUUUAAAAUUUAUCCUAUUGAAGUUUUUAGGUCAAUUAUGUAUGUUGACUAAAUUUACAAAUAAACUUGUUUAUCCAACUAAGUGUCAAAAACCUAAAUUGAAUGUGCAGAGCUUUAAUAAAUCCAUUUCUAGGGUUUUUGUAUCCUAAUGUUUGAGCUUAGAUUGCAGAUUUUGCUUGGUAGACACAGGGACCUUUUAUUUACAGAGAUACUUGUAGAAAGCAUGUGAACAGCCCUUUGCUCUAUAAAAAUGCCAUAAUGUUGCCGUAUUUGCAGUGUGGGCUUAAGACAAACUAUAUUAAUAUGCUCUUCCCAUGAAAACCAGUUUUCUUAAUGAUGGCUGCUACUAAAGCAUAGUAUGUGAAUGUCAGCAAGACACAGGCAUGAGUUGCCAGUCAUCUAAAAGCAUUCCUAUUUGAAGCUAGUAACUGCAUAAAGAAAAUUCUACCCUAUUAAAAAAUUGCUUUUUAAAAAAUUUAGUUUCAAAUGUAAUCAGCUUGAGAGGCGCAAGAUCUUUUAUGUGUCUUUGGGGUCUUGAUAACUUAGUCUCCCCUGAGAUGUCAAAGAUUGAAUCCAGUACGCUAUAAUGAACUGGUUUUCUAGAAGGUCCAUCAUAAGCAGAUCUGAAACAAGCACUCUUAGAAAUUUUGAUAGUUUGUUCACAGUGUGCUUCUGAAUGAGACUGGGAUCACAGACAUUGGGAUGUGCUGUGCUCUGGAGUAUCUGGCAGUGUCUGGAAAAACUAGAGAAACCCAGCCGUGGUGAAAGUAAGCUUAUUACUACAUGUGACAACCCAAAUGGGUGGCACUAAUGACCUUUCUCCCCCAGGCUGCAGUGUGACAUAGGCUGUUGGAUUAUAUCGCGCAGCUUGGAAUCUGCAGUUUAAGUCGUGCAACUUGUGCUUCUACACUUUGCUUGAACACUCAACCCAGAAGGCAAAAAUAUCCCUUGGUUCUAGGAAGCUGCCUAUACAGGAUAUCCCUGAAGUGAGGGCAAUGGAGCAGAAUCUAAGGAGAAAAGCAAAAGUUGGGGCUGAAGGUAUCCUGUGGCCUUGAUGGAUGUCCGAGACAAAUAAAAGUUUUUGAAGCUACAA